AUGCCUUCAGGAAAGAAACAAAGACACAAUGGGCUUUUUCGACCGUUAAAAGCAGGUAAGCUGCAAGAAAAUGUAUAUUGUUACGCCGGACUUAUCUAUCUCGUCAAGCUGGGUCUGGGCCUUUAUGCAUGGGAGGGCAAAUCAGAUGCGAAAGACGGUCGGCGUGGCGGUCGAAAGUGGCCAAUCAGAGAGCGCAGAUCCUGCACACAGGCCCCCAAGGCUGUGGCUGAUGUGGAUUUUUGGGGUUCUGUCACGGCAAACCGCCAGCGUGACUGA